AUGGAAAUCCUUUCCCCGACAGCCACAGCCUACCCUGCCGAGAAGGCGACCAUGUCCAUUAGACUCGAUGCGACACUUAGCGACGAAGUAAUCCAGUACACGCCUUUCUAUUACUUGGCAAAUACUGAAGAUGUUCAGAUGUACAACAAGGGUGGAUAUCAUCCAGUCCACAUUGGCGAUAUCCUUGAUGGUCGUUUCGAAGUUGUUCACAAGCUCGGCAGUGGCGGUUUUGGAAUCGUUUGGCUCUGUCGCGAUACCUUGCUAGACAAGUGGAGGGCGGUUAAGAUAAUUACUGCUGACCACUCUGCUAAAGGCACGGAAGAAAAAAUAUUCAGCUAUCUAAGAGAUCAUUGUUCUCCGGCAGAACUCAGGAAAAAUCACAUACUACUACCUUUAGAACAAUUCUCGAUCGUGGGUCCUAAUGGCCGUCAUUCAUGUCUCGUAAUGCCUGUUCUUGGCUCGACAGUUGAGAACUGGCGUAUGCCGAAAAAGGACUACGAAGAACAGACUCAUGAUGACACAAGAGACGUAUGUGGACAGAUCGUUGAUUCCAUGCGUUUUCUCCAUAGCCACGGAAUAUGUCACGGAGACUUCAGACCAGCCAAUAUCCUCAUGGAAGUUGAAGGUAUUGAUGAUCUAGAUCGGGAUGAAAUUCUAGGUCUUAUGGGAGAGCCGGAAUGUUACAAUGUUGAGACCGUGUCUGGCCAGCCUCUAACACCUAGAGCCCCAGAAUAUUGCGUUACAUCUGCAAGCGAAUUCUGGUGUGAGACUUUAACGAUGAAGUCUAUCGCAAUCAUCGAUUUCGGAGAAUCAUUCUUUACGGCAACCCCCCCUAUAUCAACCGGCAUUCCGGAAAUAUAUGCAGCCCCUGAAGUCCUGCUUCGAGGUUAUGGGACCUUAGGAUCCCAUAGUGACAUAUGGUCAUUGGCAUGUACCUUAUUCGAAGUUAGGACAGGUUCACCGUUGUUUGCGGAUGUGAUUAGUGGUGGGUUCGGUGAUGCGAUUAACAGAUUCGAGUUAUUCUUGGGGCCGCUACCACCUAAUAUUGGCGGACCUAAAACUCAACUGGAUAUAAAAGAUUCCACAAUUGAAAACGAACCGCAACCCGACACCCCGAAGCUGGAUGAAUUCGCGGAGGACAGGGCAUGUUUGAUUGAAGGAUCUGGUUAUUCAGAUAUAUUCGAAGCAGUACUUGGACGUGAGCAAACCAGGUAUCUCAAUUUGCUUACAGCUGCGAAAACGGAAGCUAUCAAGUAUCGAUAUCCCAAAGAAGAUGUGUUAGGCUUAGCCGACCUCCUAAGGAAGAUGCUAAAAUAUAACCCGGAAGAACGUAUUGGUAUUGAUACAGUCAUGUCACAUCCUUGGGUUGGGAAAAUGCGCAAGGGAAAAGCUGGUACAGAUUCAGUGGAUUUUACAACAAGGUUCACGAGUGCGGCAGUGUCGUCAAUGUUCGUCUUUGCAGCUGUAGCUACAUGGAUUCUACUUAAUGGGUUAGCUAAGGAUACAAUGAAUUAG